AACGGCUUUUGAUUCAAACGCCCAUUGUUCUGAACAAUGGCCGAGGUUCAUGAUCAGUUUGACACCAUCUUGAUCCUCGACUUUGGCUCUCAGUACAGUCACUUGAUUACACGACGAUGCCGCGAGCACAAUGUAUACGCCGAGCUGCUUCCCUGCACCACGAAGCUUGCGGACGUCAAGUUUAAGCCCAAGGGUAUCAUCCUGUCCGGCUCGCCCUAUUCCGUGUACGACAAGGACUCGCCGCAUGCCGAUCCUGCCAUCUAUGACUUGGGCGUGCCGAUCUUGGGCAUCUGCUACGGCCUGCAGGAAAUUGCCUGGCACAUGAAGGGCAAGGUCUCCAAAUGCGACCACCGCGAGUACGGCUUCGCGUCGGUUGACAUUAAGAAGCUCGGAUCCAACUCGGCCGCAGAUGCACUCUUUGAGGGUCUUGGGGACUCGCUUGAGGUCUGGAUGUCGCAUGGUGAUCAGCUCUCGGAGCUACCGCCCAAUUUCCAUGUCAUUGGCGCGACAAAGACGGCACCUUACGCGGCCGUCGCACACGACACCAAGCCCAUCUACGGCAUCCAGUUCCACCCGGAGGUCACGCACUCGCCGCGCGGUCGGGAGGUGAUUGGGCGCUUCAUCAAGAACAUCUGUGGGUGCCGCGCGCACUGGACGAUGGAGGAAUUCAUCGGCAAGGAGAUCAACCGCAUCCGCUCAAUUUGUGGCCCCAAGGGACGCGUCAUCGGCGCCGUUAGCGGAGGUGUCGACAGCACCGUUGCCGCGAAACUCAUGCACGAAGCGAUCGGCGACAGAUUCCACGCCAUCAUGGUCGACAACGGCGUGCUGCGCCUGAACGAGGGCAAGCAGGUGCACGAGAUGCUUAACCGGGAUCUGGGGGUCAAUCUGAAGGUCGUCGACGCGUCCGACCUCUUCCUGUCGCGCCUGGAGGGCGUGGAGGACCCUGAGCAGAAGCGCAAGAUCAUCGGCAACACCUUCAUCAACGUCUUCGAGGCGGAGGCGGCGAAGAUCGAGGCAGAGGCCGAGGAGGACGAGAAGAAGGGUGCGGACGCUAAGGGCCGGAUUGAGUGGCUCCUUCAGGGCACGCUCUACCCGGACGUGAUCGAGAGCAUCAGCUUCAAGGGCCCUAGCGCGACAAUUAAGACCCAUCACAACGUGGGCGGCCUGUUGAAGGACAUGAAGCUCAAGCUUAUUGAGCCGCUGCGCGAGCUGUUCAAGGAUGAGGUGCGCGCGCUGGGCCGCCUGCUCUCUAUCCCCGCGCCGCUCGUCCAGCGGCACCCUUUCCCCGGCCCCGGCCUCGCCAUCCGCAUCCUCGGACCGGUGACGCGCGAGCAGGUCAAGAUCCUACAGCACGCGGACAGCAUUUACAUCGAGGAGAUCCGCAAGGCAAACUUGUACGACCAGAUCGCGCAGGCGUUUGCAGUCCUGCUCCCCGUCAAGGCGGUCGGCGUCAUGGGCGACAGCCGGACGUACGAACAGGUCAUCGCGCUGCGCGCGGUGCAGUCGGAGGACUUCAUGACCGCGGAUUGGUUUGUGUUCCCUGCGGACGUGCUCCGGAGGAUAUCGUCGCGAAUUACGAACGAGGUGUCGGGGAUCAAUCGUGUCACGUACGAUAUCUCCUCUAAGCCUCCUGCUACCGUCGAAUGGCUGUAGAGCCCUCGUGAGGGCGUGUAUUUCUGCUGCUUGUUGUUUGUUGUACACCCUAGACGUCCUUGCUAUCGAAUGCCGCUCCUUCCUGGCCGCCUUUUCUGGGUUACUCCGGAUUUGCUGUCGCC